GCUCCGUACUUCCGGUGGACCAUGGUCAAGGCCGAUUGGAUGCACGCGGCCGAUCUAGGGAUCCUCGUCUACGAAUUGGCAGAAUCAUGGUGGUCGAUGCUUCCUGAGCUCGGAGAUACGGACAGGAAGAUCUCGCGAGAAACUGGCUUGGGUAUCCUGAAGCGCCGUCUGCGGCAGCACUAUCGUGAUACGAAGUGCGCCAGCCGCUUGCCGUUGAAGCGGUUCGGCUUGACUAAGAUUCGAGCCAGACAAAGGCAUCCGAAGUUGAAGGCAAAGGCCGGGCAAGCAAGAAAGCUCUUGGGCUUCACCGUGGACCUGGCCAGAGAAUGCCAGGACAAGAACGAUGCUAUCGGCGCGGCUCGGCUCCAGUCCCUCGAAUGCUUGUCUGAAGUGUACGACAUCGCUAAUAAGGCCGAGCUGCAGGCCCACGAGCUCACGAGGUGGCGGUACUUGAUGCACCUCCACAAUUAUUACUAUGCGAAGUGCGGCUACCGGUUCUAUCCGAAAUUCCACUACAUUAUGCACUUGCCGCAACAAUGCGAGCAAGGAGGGGUGGCCCGAUCGUUCUGGGUUUACGGGGAGGAGACAAAGAACAUGUUCGUCAAACGGCUGUUCAACAUCUGCUCCAAAGGCCACGGGCUGUGCGCAUCCAUGCUCGAGCGCCUGCAGUGGCAGCAGGCUCUGCGGAGCAAGAUUGCCGCCCGCUGA